AUCAUCGUCCUCGGGCAGGGAUAAUCGCGCCAAUCGCCACGUGUACCUCCAGCGUCGCAGUAAUGUGCUCAUAUACAAUGCCUAGUGAGCAUGUCGCGACCGACGAACAGUGGCCCGCCUCCAGCCGACUAUGAGAUUGUUCUCCGGGAUCCGCAGCCGAUCCUCCGGAAGAAGCUCGGCGACUACUUGGUCGUCCUCGAUUUCGAGAGCGACUCGUUGGUCAAAGCCGGUGACAACUACGGAAGCACUAUUCUGAAGGUUCGAGUGAUCGUAAAAAGGGGAAAAAAUGCCGAGAAGGAAGAGCUGCACUUGGUGGCCAAGAUGCUACCACCCACGGACUUUCAAAGGUCGAUCUUCGACAGUGCGUUCACCUUCAAGAAGGAGAUCUUUCUGUACGAGGAGCUGAUACCGAUGUACCGGAGCCUGUAUAAGGGAGCUUUCGACGUCGUACCCGAAUGUUACGGAUGCGCGCUGUCGAGUAAGAAUGGCGCUGAUGAGGUCGAUGAGGACGCGGUCAUUCUAUUGGAGAACCUCAAGGUCAAGGGUUACUACAUGGCGGACAGGCAUGAAGGACUGAACUACGAUCACUUGAAAAUCGCCGUCACCACUCUCGCCAAGUUCCACGCGAUUGGAUUGUCGAUAAAGCACAAGAAACCCGCUUACCUCGCCACCGUUCAAACCUAUGCCAAACCCUUAGCAGUUGGCAGCCAAAAUAUGUUUCCAUUCCUCGACGGUAUGCUCGAAGCCCUGUCUAACGAUCCCUCGACCUCGAAGUACGUCGAUUGUAUCAAGAUGACCAGGGACCCCGAAGAUAUCGCAAAAAGCUACUUUCAGAGCUUAGAGCCUACCGAUCCCUGGGCUUGCGUCGUGCAUACCGAUUUCUGGGUCAACAACGCGCUCUUCCACAAGGACGAGCUUACCGGCAAAGUAAACGACUGCAAGCUUGUCGAUUUUCAGACCUACUGCCUCUCGAGCCCACUUAUCGAUCUCCUGUUUCUCCUGUGCACCAGUAUGGAGUCAGAUUUGAAGUGGUUCGACGAGAUGCUCGAGUUUUAUAGAAAGGUCGCUUUGGAGGUUUUGGAAGAAUUGGGCUGUGCCGUCGAGCUGUUUGAAAAAAAAAGCUUUGAGAAGAGGCUUAAGAUUGAUGCCGCCAAAGAGAUGAUUCAUAUAAUAUUGAUGUCGAAGGUAGUGGAGCUAAGGCAGGGAGAAAACCUGUUAACUAGUCCAGUUAAUGAGUUUUGUAUGAAGAGGCUAAGGAGGAUUGUUGAUAUUUAUGUUCAGAAGAAUUGGAUUUAAAGCAGUUUUGUUGUUAGCACCAAGUACGUCAGCUUACUAUUAGUUGAGAUAGUGGCUUUGUUAGGUUUUAAAAACAUUACAAUAAUCAAUUUAAUGUCUAGUUUAUUAACAAGCUUCUUAAUGCAUAAGGUUUUGUUUACUUCCUUUAAUACAUAAAGUUAUAUUUAUGGUUAAUCAAUACCACCAGCCCAACACCGUAUAGGUCUACUGUACAUUUUUUAUUUAGGCUUUACGGAUGUCUUAUAUUCUGAAAAAAAUGAAUCUCAUUUACAAUGACAUAUUGAUGAUAAAUAAAAAUACUUUUUCCGUACAAAACACAGAUUAUUCUACUCACAAGAAGAGUUCACACUCUUUGCUAAAACCGUAAAAAACGAUUUGUUGGCCAGAAAAGGGAGGUCGUACUUCAUUGUAUUGUUUCAGGCCUUUAACCCUAUUGAAAAAUCUCAGGUGAAAUCUCAGGUAGAUCUCAGGUCACAAACUCGGGGGAGACUCUCACGAGUUCAAAUUUUAAAAAUCGAAAAACUGGCUAAAACGAUUCAGGAUAUAAUGUUUUUUUGGUGAGAGAUAUCACCUUAGAUUUUGAUGUAGCGAUAUUAUCGCCAGCUAUCUUUUCUGAAUUUAAAAUAUUAGUCAAACGAUAUCUAUCAAGGUUGCAUGUAUAAAUAUUGUUCUACUUUUUUUCUGUAAAACACGCCAGCAGACAGCAGGUGUAUCAAUAAGAUACAAACAUAAAAAGCACUAAACGAUGUUCUGUUAUAUGAAAUGUCACUAAUGUAACUAAAAUCGGUGACACAAAUAUUUAAACGCAUUAUCUAUACGGGUCCAUAUGUCCAUAUAAUUAUGUUUUUCUUAGGAGUUAGACUCGAGCAAUACAUGUCAAUGUGUAUGUACACAUUUAAUUUAAGACGUCUAAUAAUUGUACUCGUACAUGAGAAUAAUCGCACGCAUUGCGUCAAUUGCCGCACAUGUGCCGGUACACCAUUAGAUGUAUGCGAUUAUACGCAAUGACACGCGUCAUCGUGCGUGUAAUUCGACUCAGUCUGUAUGUGACGUUCAAAGCUGUAUUAUUGCGUUAUUUUUUCUAGCAGUAGUGAGCAUGUCGCGACCGACAAACAGUGGCCCGCCUCCAGCCGACUAUAAAAUAGUUCUCCAAGAUCCGCAGCCGAUCCUCCGGAAGAAGCUCGGCGAUGACUUGGUCGUCCUCGAUUUCUAGAGCGACUCGUUGGUCAAAGCCGGUGACAACUACGGAAGUACUAUUCUGAAAGUUCGAGUGAUCGUAAAAAGGGGAAAAAAUGUCGAGAAGGAAGAACUGCACUUGGUGGCCAAGAUGCUGCCACCCACGGACUUUCAAAGGUCGAUCUUCGACAGUUUGUUCACCUUCAAGAAGGAGAUCUUUCUGUACGAGGGGCUGAUACCGAUGUACCGGAGCCUGUACAAGGGAGCUUUCGACGUCGUACCCGAAUGUUACCGAUCCGCGCUGUCGAGUAAGAAUGGCGCUGAUGAGGUCGAUGAGGACGCGGUCAUUCUAUUGGAGAACCUCAAGGUCAAGGGUUACUACAUGGCGAACAGGCAUGAAGGACUGGAUCGCGAGCACCUGAUUAUCGCCGUCAUCACUUUCGCCAAGUUCCACUCGAACGGUUUGUCGAUAAAGCACAAGGAACCUUCUUAUCUUCCCAUCAUUCAAACCUAUACCAAACCAUUAUCAGUUAACAGUGAAGAAAUGUUCCCUUUCCUCGACAAUAUGUUCCAAGCCCUAUCCAGCGAUCCCUCGACCUCGAAGUACAUCGAUCGUAUCAAGAUGACUGGUAAACCCAACGAUAUCGCCGAAACCUACUAUCGGAGCUUAGAGCCUACCGAUCCCUGGACUUGCGUCGUUCAUACCGAUUUCUGGGUCAACAACGCGCUCUUCCACAAGAACGAGCUUACCGGCAAGGUCGACGACUGCAAGCUCGUUGAUUUUCAGAGCUACUGUCUUUCGAGCCCACUUACCGAUCUUCUGUUUGUCCUGUGCACCAGUAUGGAAUCAGAUUUGAAGUGGUUUGACGAGAUGCUCGAGUUUUACAGACAGAUAGCUUUGGCGGUUUUAGGAGAUUUGGGUUGCGCUGUCGAGCUGUUCGAGAAAAAAAGCUUCGAAGAGAGGCUGAAGGUUGAUGCCGCCAAAGAGAUGUUUCAUAUAUUAAUGAUGUCGAAAGUAGCGGAGUUGAGGCAAGGUGAGGACCUGGUGACCAGUCCGCUUAACAACUUUUACUUUGUAUGAAAAGGCUGAGGAGGAUUGUUGAAGUGUUUGCUGAGAAGAAUUGGAUUUGACCUAGUUUUUUCAGCUACGCCAAGGAGUUGAUAUCGAGCUUGAUAUAUUGUGUCUAUUUUUUUUACGCCUUAGAAACUUUAUAAUAAGUCAGUCGACUUAAUUUAUUAAUAGCUUAUUACUCGAUAAGUUCAGCUGAAAAUAAAUAUGUAAUAUAUUGUAAACGUAUUUUAAAAUGUUGUAUCAGCCGUUCAAAACAUCAUGUAAUAAAUAGAUGUUGUCCUUAAAAACAUUA